AUGCAUCGUCAUGUUAACCCGCCCCCCAAGCCUGCCAACUGCUCCGAGACCCCGAACUACAAGUCGGUUGCCUACUUCGUGAACUGGGCCAUCUAUGCCAGAGCCUACAAUCCCCAAGACAUCCCAGCUGAGAGUCUCACUCACGUCCUUUACGCUUUUGCCAACAUCCGCGCUGACGGAGAGGUCUAUCUCACCGAUUCGUGGUCUGACGUGCAGAAGCACUACCCGGGCGACUCGUGGAACGAUGUCGGCAACAACGCCUACGGAUGUAUCAAGCAGCUUUUCCUCCUGAAGAAGAAGAACCGUCGCAUGAAGGUCAUGCUGUCGAUCGGCGGGUGGACGUACUCGCCUAACUUUGCGACGCCGGCUAGCACUGAUCAAGGGCGGAAGAGGUUUGCGUCGACUGCGGUCAAGUUGAUGGGGGAUAUGGGGUUCGAUGGGCUGGAUAUUGAUUGGGAGUAUCCUGCCAGUGAUUCCCAGGCGAAUGAUAUGGUUGCACUCUUGCGAGAGACUCGCCAGGAACUUGACAAGUAUGGCCGCGAACACGCGAAGGCAAAACACUUUCUUCUAAGCGUGGCUUCCCCAGCCGGCCCAUCCAAAUACAACACCCUCCACUUGGCCAGCAUGGACACCCAUCUCGACUUCUGGAACCUCAUGGCCUACGACUAUGCAGGAAGCUGGGACACCCUCGCCGGCCACGCCGCCAAUUUGUACCCUGCGUCCAACGAUCCCGGCUCCACGCCCUACAACACGGACCAAGCGAUCACCGCGUAUAUCGCCGCCGGCGUGCCCCCCUCCAAAAUCAACCUCGGCAUGCCCAUCUACGGCCGCUCCUUCGCCAACACCGACGGCCCCGGCAAGCCCUUCAACGGCGUCGGCGGCGGCAGCUACGAGAACGGCGUCUGGGACUACAAGGCGCUCCCGCAGCCGGGCGCCAGCGUGACUGAGCUUGCUGACAUCGGGGCGAGUUUCUCGUACGAUCCCGCGCGUAAGAUUAUGAUCAGCUACGAUACGCCGGGAAUCGUCAAGCUGAAGACCGCGUACAUUAAGAACAAGUGUCUCGGCGGGGGGAUGUUUUGGGAGACUUCGGGGGAUCGAAAGGGACAGGAGAGCUUGAUUCUCACGUUCGUCGAUGGCCUCGGGGGCACUGCGGUUUUGGAUCCCACGGAGAAUCAGCUCGAGUACCCCGUGUCUCAGUAUGACAAUAUCCGAAAGGGGGGAACGGGGAGUCUUUGA